UCAGAGGCACCCUGGCUGGAGCAACGUUGGGGAUUACCUUUCGUAACCAAAUCAUUCUUCAACAGGAGCAUGAGUUCGAGGCUUAUGAGGCAUACUUUAUUGCCUACCCUGCAGUCGAAUGCUUUCUCAAAAAUAUGCACAAAAUGAAGAUGAUAAAUGAUGUGCAUGACAUAAAGGUCGCCGAUCUGCCAAUGUUGCUAGUAAAGCCCUUGCAUAGGAUCCACGCCUAUCCGGCGCUUCUGAAAUCGCUCUCGGAAGCUGUUGUCGGAACAGCCUACGCACAUUACCCUGAACUGCAGGCAGGGUUGCGAGCAGCCGAACGUAUCAGUGACAGACUGCACAAAGUCUAUCGAUCGGCAAAAAACACAUUAAUUUUGGGCACUCUGCCGAGACGUCUCAUCAAAUGGGAAGAAUCUGAAGUCUCGCAGCUCGGAUCGCUGCUGCUCAGUGAUUUUUUUACCAUGCCGGGUGACAAGGACGACGGAUUACAUGCCUUCCUGUUUGAAAAGGGUAUUCUCCUCUGCAAAGAGCUACCGGGAUUUCUCCUUGGAUCCAAACGCACUCGGAAGAGAGCUUGGACUCUGACAAAGCCCAAAAGCCCAACUCAGCUUCCUGACAUGGACACCCGCCUGAUAGUGGAGACCCACAUUUCUCUGCAGACGGAAUUUCAUGUAGCUCCAUACUCGCAAGGUCAACAUUCGCUAUUUAUCUGGUGGAACGGUGAUGAUGGGAGUGACGAUGGACACAAAGUCCUUUGCUGCCAGGACGUGACACAGCUCAGGGAAUGGGAAGGAGAGCUGAAGCUCUUCGCUGCUCGGAAGGACGCACAGCCUCCUACCUCGGACAUCGUGCAUCCUCAGGAGAUCCAGGGCACAGACGAUCAGCUAUAUUUCGAUGACUUGUCUUUGACAGAAGAAGCAAGAAUCCCUGAAAUUGUGACGACUGCAGCAGGGCCCUCCGCUGAUCACCAUGCUGUUCGAACUCGAUCGGGAUCCUGGAGUACACUGCGUCGCAAGUUCAGUUCCGCAGCUCUGAGCACGAAAGUCGCAUCGGGCAAAUAUCCUAGUUAUGACGGUGCUGCCUCACAUACCACAUCCUCCCUACGUCCGCGCAGUGGGAGCUUCCCUUACGCUAGGCCUGAUCCGCAUAUUGGACUCAAUCGAGCUCGUGCUACGCCAUCUCCGCUGUCCAGAUCAGUUGAUUUGCCACUCACGGGAGAGAACAAUCGCGGCGAACAACUCAGGACCCAGACACCCAGUGUAUACGAUGAAACGGCCAACUUAUUGGCUGCUGCGACGGAUUCCGGUACGCCAGCACAAACAACAGCGGUAGACAUAAUUGUGCAUCCAUCGCCAGCCAACACCGAUCCUUUUCAAGAUGGCAGGAGCAGCAUCUUCCCAUUUUCCAUAUGGGACAGGCUUCGUCACAAGCUGAGCUCUUCCAGCUUCAGGGCCAGUGAUGAUGCCGAUGAUCUUCCUACAUCACCUCCUAAUGCUGGCCUACUUGUACCCCCAAGGAACCGUGUUCGCAGUGCCAGCGAUCCUAUUGCCAGUAGUCGUCGGACGUAGCCAUCGACUGCUCAGCCUAGACGACUCGUUUGCGGUAUUCGGGAUGAGGCUGGCUUUUGUUCAGGACUUUUGUCAUCAGUUAUCUCUAUGAUCGCUGAUCGUUUCCGGCAACGACGGGUGCACUGGCCGAUGCAGAGCGCAGAGAUGCAUUACUGAUGCAGGAUCAUUGUAUUACAAUCGAAACCAUACGAAUGUACCGUCCAUUGCAGAUUCAUCUGAGUCGGAAGCAUGCGGCUAAGUGGUAUGAGCAUGCGCUGCGCACUUUAUCUGCAGUUAUCGGUUGCUAUACAGCACCCAUCGUAUCGCCUCCGAUACCGCGCCAAUACUU